CUGAAGCUCCGUGACCGCGCGCUGCUGGAGGUGAUCUAUGCCGCCGGGCUGCGGGUCAGCGAGGUGCGCGAUCUGAAUGUCAACGACAUCAACUUUGGAAACGAAGGAGCUUCGCGUUCGCGGGAAGGGCUCGAAGCAGCGAGUCGUCCUUAUCGGCGAAGCGGCGCACCGAGCGCUGUACCGUACCUUCACGAGGUGACCUCCGUACGGCCCGACGAUCAGCCCCCUGAACUUGCUGAGUUGACCCUCUUCGACGAGAUAGGCCCGCUUGGCGACUGUCUUGCCGACUUCGAGGACGGGCGAAUCAACGUGUUCGGGGGAAUUCCCGGCGAGCGUGUUGUAGCGCGAAUCGUUCGAUACCGUCGGCGUCGGAAGCGGAUGGUCUCGGGCAUAGUGCAGGAUGUCGUCACGGCGUCGCCCCAUCGCGUUUCCGCGCCGUGCCAAUACUUCGGGGCAUGCACCGGAUGCCAGUGGCAGCAUGUUUCGUAUAACCAUCAACUCGCCCUUAAGCGAGGGUACGUGGAACGGAACUUCUCUGAAUAUCCGUCGCUGAGCGGUACCAACAUCGAACCGUGCAUACCUGCGCCGAGCCUCUACGGCUACCGGAACCACGCCCGCUACACGAUCAGGCGGGAAGGCAGUCCCGGCUUCGUAAACCGGAUCACUCGCAGGUUCGUCCAGACGGACGAGUGCUUGUUGAUGACUCCGGGAAUCAACCGGCUGGCGGACGGCCUGAAGGGACGGGCACAGGAGACGAGCCAGCUAUCCAUCCGGUACGGCGUCAAUACCGACGACUGGCUCAUCCAGCCAACGCUGAAGAGCGAGCAGAUAUUCCGCUGGAGUCCGGGCAGAGUCACUACACCGAGAAAGCUACUAGGUCGGACGUUCCGUAUAGCUUCACCGUCGUUCUUUCAGGUCAACACCGAGCAAGCGGAGCGACUGGCGGAGCUUGUGGGCCGGACACUGGAGCUUUCCGGCAGGGAGUUGGUCGUCGACGCCUACGCGGGCGUAGGGACGUUCGCCAUACUCCUCGCCGACUCCGUGAACAGGGUCGUCGCGAUCGAGGAGUCCGCCGCCGCGGUCCGUGGAUGCGCCGCGAACGCAUCGGGCAUAGAGAACGUCGAGUUCAUCGAAGGGAAAACGGAGGACGUGCUCGACUCGAUGCAGGCCCGGCCCGACGCGGUCAUCCUCGACCGCCACGGUCCGGGAUGCCAUCCGACCGUGCUGGAGGCGCUCAUACGACUGGCCCCUGAGCGGACGGUCUACGUGUCGUGCGACCCCGAGGCGCUCGCGCGCGACCUUGACGUGCUCGUUCGGGGCGGCUUCAGAAUCGAGUCGGUACGGCCCAUCGACAUGUUUCCGCAGACGCACCAUGUCGAAACGGUGGCGCUGCUGGAGGGAGUGAGUAGAAAGUAUUGA